CCCCAAUUCAAACCGCAUCGAAGAAAAAAAAGAAAAAGAAAAUCUCUUUCCCAUUUCUCUGUUCUGUCUUUUUUUUCUUUACAUUCUCUCCUCCUAAAUUUCAGAUCAGAUUAAACCAACACUUUUUCACAAAUCAAAAUCCAUCAGUUUACAAGAGAUCUGAUUCUGUGAAGAUUUUGGUUUUUUAAUUGUUCGGUUUGGAAUCGAACCGAACAAUGGGGGAUUUUAACCUAGCUUUGGUAAUUGUUGCAAUAGUUGUGACAGUAUUAGUAUUCAUCUUCAAUGUAUACUUGUUGAUCAAUUAUCAACAUCCGGAUGAUGCAAACCAGGCUUAUUUCCCUAAAUUUGUUGUUGUUUUUGGUCUAUCUGUUGCUGCUAUCUCUAUAUUGAUGUUACCAGCUGAUGUUGCUAAUCGACAAGCUUGUAGUAAUGCUAUAUAUAAUGGAGCUUGUAAUCUUACUUUGCCUAUGAAGACUCUUUGGUUGGUUGUUUACAUAGUUGAUGCUGUUCUUGUUUUCUUGGUUAUUCCUUUCGCUAUGUUCUUCUAUGAAGGAGACCAAGAAAAGAGUGUAGGGAAAAGGAUAAAGAGCGCGUUAUUAUGGUGUGGGACGUCCGUGAUUGUUUGUGGUCUUGUGCUUGGGAUUUUAUAUGGGGUAAUUGGGAAGGUAGACUUCACAGUCAGGCACCUUUCUUCAUCGGCAAAUAACUUUCCAAAUGACUGGAAAACCUUCUCUAGUGGUCAACCUUGUGGAGACUCAACAAAUCACCAGUGCUCCGCAUACACAGCAAAUGCUGCAUCAGAGUCAACUUGGACAAUGCGCACUACAUUUCCUGAAUAUGUUGUCGCUCUUGCUACCAUUGUGGGAUCAGUACUUUUCUCUAUAUUUGGUGGCGUUGGCAUUGUUUCCUUGCCUUUAGGACUUAUAUUUUCAUUUAUUCGGCGUCCAAAGGCUGUCAUUACUCGCUCACAGUAUAUCAAGGAAGCAACUGAGCUGGGAAAAAAAGCAAAAGAAUUGAAGAAAGCAGCUGAUGCACUCCGCCAAGAGGAGAAAAACGGUGCUAAGGGGAGAAAAUGGCGCAAAAAUGUCAAGGCUGUUGAAAAGGAGUUGCUUCUCUUAGAAGAGGAUGUGAAAGCUUUGGAGGAGAUGUAUCCUCAAGGGGAAAAGGCGGAGACUUCUUGGGCUUUAACUGUUAUUGGUUACUUGGCAAAACUUGUGUUGGGGGUUCUAGGGUUGAUUGUAUCGGUAGCAUGGAUUGCACAUAUUAUUAUAUACCUGCUAAUUGAUCCUCCACUUACCUCUUUUCUAAAUGAAGUUUUUAUCAAGCUCGAUGAUGUCUGGGGUCUUCUAGGUACAGCUGCGUUUGCAUUCUUCUGCUUUUACCUUCUGUUGGCAGUGAUUGCAGGGGCCAUGAUGCUUGGUCUACGAUUAGUUUUCAUAACAAUCCAUCCCAUGAAAUGGGGAGCAACUCUUAUGAACUCGUUUCUUUUCAACGUUGGACUCAUCCUCCUUUGCUCCAUCAGUGUAAUUCAGUUCUGUGCAACAGCCUUUGGUUAUUAUGCUCAAGCAACUGCCGCACAGGAAAUAUUUGGCCACACUUUGCAAUCUCUCCGUGGAAUCAAAUAUCUCUACAAGUAUAACGUAUUUCAAAUUGCGUUCGUUGUUCUAGCAGGAUUGACUUUUAUCUACUAUGCGAUCUUUGGCUGGAGAAAGAGAAAACCUAGUGGGAGGUUCCAACUUGCCACAUAAAUGGUCCUUAAGUGAUCUGCAAGUGCAUCCUAAAACUUGUUCUGGUUUCAGAUUUGAUAUUUGUAAGGCCAGCUUUUGUUUACAUAUUGUCAUAUAUGGAGAAGCGGGCAGUUUAUCGGAGUGUAAAUUUGAUUGCUACAGUGGAAUACUUUGGGAGUGUUAGUGCUGCUGUUGCUGGUAGCUUUUUGAGUAUUUGUCUUAGUUGAUCAUUUUAUUUGUACUAAUUGUAUUACCAUACCAGGUUAUAUGUGCAGUGAGUGUUUUUUUCUUUCUCCUGAUGAUGUAUUUGCAAUCCAGAAAAAAAUCUUGUACCCUAAUAUAUGAUGAUCAAAGCAGAGGAAUAUUUCAUUCAGAUUGUGCGAUGCAUUAAUGCCAAGUCCAUGUUGUACUCAA